CUGGUUUUAGAAGAUGGGCGUCACCGCCUGGCCCGUCUAUUUAAAAAUAUGCAAUUCGGUAGCACCAACUCCCACAAUUCUAGCGUGUGCCCCUCACGCUGGACAGUCUAGGCGCGGACAGCCGCAGCUCAGAGUCCAAUCCCGGAAGAUGAUCUGACUUCUGCUUCCUCUUCCCUUAAACCCAAGCGUCAGAAGACAACUUCAGAUCCGCGACGCCCUCCGGCGCGUGCGCGCGACUCCGGGGACCAUAGAGGGCCUCUAUCGCUCUAUCCUAGAGCGGCCCGGAAGUGUCUCUGGGCCCUUCCUAAGGCCCCGCUAACUUCCUGCUGCUGCCAGCCGCUGCAAGCUACCUACCGACAGCUUCCUCCAGGCAGCUGUGGUUAGGACCUUCUCUUCGGACCGAUCAGGGAAGGGGAAGCAAGGAUGUCUGCUUUGGGGGCUGCAGCUCCAUACUUGCACCAUCCAGCUGACAGUCACAGUGGCCGGGUCAGUUUCCUGGGAGCCCAGCCAUCUCCAGAAGUGUCGGCAGUGGCCCAGCUCAUGAAGGACUUGGACAGGAGCACCUUCAGGAAGUUGCUGAAGCUUGUAGUCGGGGCCCUGCAUGGGAAAGACUGCAGAGAAGCUGUGCAGCACCUUGGUGCCAGUGCCAACCUGUCCGAGGAGCGUCUGGCCGCCCUGUUGGCAGGCACACACACGCUGCUCCGGCAGGCUCUCCGGCGACCCCCUGCCAGUCUGAAGCCAGAUGCCUUCCAGGACGAGCUCCAGGAGCUUGGCAUUCCUCAAGAUAUGAUUGGAGAUUUGGCCAGUUUGGCAUUUGGGAGUCAGCGUCCUCUUCUCGACUCUGUCGCCCAACAACAGGGGUCCUGGCUGCCCCACAUGUCUAACUUCCGGUGGCGGGUGGAUGUGGCCAUCUCCACCAGUGCUCAGACCCGCUCCCUGCAACCGAGUGUUCUCAUGCAGCUAAAGCUCACAGAUGGAUCUGCACACCGCUUCGAGGUACCCAUAGCCAAAUUCCAGGAGCUGCGGUACAGUGUAGCCUUGCUCCUUAAGGAGAUGGCCGAACUGGAGAAAAAGUGUGAGCGCAAACUGCAGGACUGAACGCUGGUAUUGUGGAUGCCGGAACUGGUACCAGAGCUCACAGCCCCACAGGUCAUGAGGCCAACUCAAUUGAGGGCCUGCAUGUAAGGAUGUAUUUUGUUUAAGGAAAAAGACAACUGUGACUUUGGGGUUGGUUUUGUUUUUAUGAGUGAACUAUGGAUGUAGUGACACAAUUUAUAAUCUCAGCUCUUGGAAGGCUGAGGCUGGAGCAUGGUAAUUUUAAGGUAAUUAUAAGAAGUAAAGAACUAUUAAAAACACGUUCUUCUC